UGUAAGACCAAGACAAUUCCUAGAGACAGAUACUGAGAAUAGAAUAAAAACUAUAUUCACAGAACGACAAGGAUAUUUAUUACAUGAAUUUAUUAACAGAGAUGAUCCAUUUCGUCUCUUUAUUGAUUUUGAUUUACCCCAAGAAACGUUAAAUAAUAUCAAACCAAAAUUCAUAUAUAAACAAGUUUAUUAUGCUCUAAUCAGAGCUUUUAGAGUUGCUUCUUUUAUUGAUCUUGUCAGUAAAAAGCUCCUAGUGGUUAAAAUAAAAUAUGAGAAAACUAGUAAAAAAACUGAUAAGCAUAUUCAUCCAAAGAUAGCUAUGAUGCCUAAAGAUAGUACAAUUUUCGAUUUUAUGCUCCGUUCACCUAAUGAUGAGGCACCGGUUGUAGACAGUCUUCUUUUAUCAGUUCCAGAGCUAGUAACAACCAGAAUAUAUAACUCCUACAAUAAAGCCACUGAAACUACAAAAGCUGAAUUCAAAUUGAUAGAAUCACUGCUUAAAGAAAAAAGUAUCGAAGGAUAUUCACUUUUAUAUUCAUUAGAAAAAUAUCCUAACACUUUUCUAUUAACACAUAUAAUAUCUUCACACUGUCUACUUUGUGAUCGAGAAUAUACUAGUGACAAUAAAAAAGAACCAGAUGUAAGAAAAUCUUUAAUAAAACUUACUAUAGAUAAAUCAGCUGAGAAACAAGAAAAAAGAUUUCCAGAACCAGUAAAAUUAAAGAAACCCAGAAUUUCAGAUCCCAAUGAUCAUUUUCUACUUAAAAUAGAAGAUUUUGAUAAUAGUCUUUUCUAUGAUAUGGCAUCCAAACUAGAUAUAGCAGAGUAUGAAAUUAAAGUAACAGAAUAUCAGAGGGAAUCAAUAGGAUUAAGAACAUUCAUAAAUCAAGCAGUUGUUAAAGAAUUCAAAGCUCAGCUAGCAAAAGAGAUUAAUCCUGCCAUUAUAGACCCAAUUUUAUGGCAUGCAAAAAAUAUAAUCUCUGGUAAGAGUGAAGAACUUAGUAAACAAAUUCAGGUUCUGAACUUUUCUAUACAACCUCUGAUCUUGAAAAAUAUUGAAAAGCACAAAUAUAAUGAUCAUCUCAAAUCACUUAUUACAGAAGAUUAUUUAACAAUUGAGUAUAAAGGUCUUAAACCCAAAGUUUUAAAAGAUUAUUCUAGAUUUAUGGUAUUAAGCAAUCAUAAUGUUCUACUUCAAAUAGAAAUAGGUGACAGACAUGUUGUAUAUUUUGAUGUAUCUUCUUGUUGUAAAGGCAACACAACAUAUUUUAAGAAUUUAGCUAAAGUAUUAGAAUAUCCUAAUGCACCUAGUAUGGUUAUGGCUUAUCUCCUUACUCUUGAUCUCUCAGACUGGAAUCCACAAAAUAUUCCUAGCACUAAAAUAAAACCUGAGGAUCAAGUUAACAAACCUAGCAGCAAUAUCGAAGAAUUUUCAGACUCAUCUCAAUCUGAGAUACUCGUCAAUACUUCCACAGAUAUCCCUGUAUUCGACGUAUCUAAAAUUGUUAUACCUCAACCAGAGAAAAAUAUAGCCAAGUCAUCAACUACUGAUCAUAUCAAAAAAGUUGCUUCAUCAUCUGAAUCUGCCAAUAUAUCUAUAACUCCUGAGAUUAUAUAUGUAGAAGCUGUGGACAAUAAAUCUGAGAUCAUUGAAUCAGUGAAUGAAGAAGUUAAUUCAUCUUCUAAUAUACUUGUUGAUGAUGAACUCGAGAUCUCUUCAGACCUAGCUGUAAAUAACAAACUAUCUCCCAAAUCCAAUCUUGAUAAGUUCAUUACUAUUACAAAUAAAAACAGAACUGAUUCAAUAGAUUAUCUCACAAGAAUAGAUGUUGAUACAAAUACUUGUCUCUUUAAUAUAGAACAAGGCAAUGAUUCUUAUGAUUUUAUAGAAAUGAUGCAUAGAGAGAGAUUGAUAGGAGAAGAAAUCUUAUGCUAUAGACUUGAAGAUGCAGGUAGACCCAUAUGGUUAGACACCAAUGAAGAAUAG